GGGGUGGAGUGGGAGGAGGGGGGGGGGAAGCCAUGCCUCUGAUGGUGAGGGACCACCGCUGGGAGCAGAGCGAGUCUCACGUUUAUAUCAAAGUGCCCCUGAAAGGGGUGAACGCCGCGAAAGCUGAUGUGUUUUGCACAGAAGAGUAUUUGAAGGUGAAUUUUCCUCCAUUUCUGUUUGAAGUGGUGCUCUUUGCCCCGAUCGAUGAUACAAAAAGCUCAGCGAAGAUUGGGAAUGGCGUUGUUAUCUUCACUUUGCUUAAGAAGGAGCCCACAAUGUGGGAGCAAUUGGCAAUGCUGGAAGAUAACAAGGAAAUGCUGCAGAAAAAGAGAGAGGAUGCUGUCCUUGCUGCCCAUGAGAGAGCUCAAGAGAAUUCAAAACAAAAAGUUGUUCAAAAACGACAAAAUGAGAAAUAUACGUUGGAAACUAUGAUGCAGAUAGACGAGAGUAACAGGAAAUGUAUUGAGGAACUGAAGGAACAAGAGCGAAGACAAGUUACUAAGGAGCUGGAGCAGUGGAAGCUUCAACGGUGUCAAGAGGAAGAGCUGAAGAGAGCAGAGGAGUUAAAAAGAAAGGAGGAACUAAAGAGAGAGCAGCAACAAAAGAGAGAGGAGCAAUUGAGGUUUGCAAGGCAAAGAGCCGAGGCAGAGAACAGUAGUAAGAAGAAGAAACAAAAUAAAACACAAAAUACUCACCGCCUUGCUGCAAAACUUCCAAACAAAUCUUCUCUUAAAAAAGGUGGCAAUGCUGACAUAUUUACUGGAAAUUCCAAGGAGGACAUGUUACCAGCUCCACGUGAGGCUGGCAGUAUUCACAUACAGUUCACACCCCGAGUCUUUCCUACUGCUUUAAGAGAAUCUCUCAUUGCUGAAGAGGAAGAGUGGUUACAAAAACAGGCAGCAGCUAGACGUAUUAAAAAUAUAAAUAUCUCUGAGCUGAACGAUCUAAAGGAAGAAGAGAAAGAUCCUGACUGGCUGAAGGACAAAGGGAAUAGGCUGUUUGGAACAGGAAAUUAUCUUGCAGCUGUUAAUGCCUACAACCUGGCCAUACGACUGAACAGUAAACUUCCAGUCAUUUAUCUGAACCGGGCUGCGUGCCACCUUAAAUUGAGAAACUUACACAAAGCAAUUGAAGACUGCUCCAAGGCACUUGACUUGUUAACCCCUCCUGUUCCUGACAAUGCAGACACCAGAGUGAAAGCUCAUGUUAGAAGAGGGACAGCAUUUUGUGAGCUGGAAAUGUAUGUGGAAGGCCUCCUGGACUACCAAGCUGCUUCGAAGAUUAACCCGAAUAACCAGACAAUCCAAGCAGAUGCAGAGAAGAUACGGCAAGUGAUUCAAGGGACUCUGCCAGAUCCUUAAAGGAACAAAACAACUUGCAGUUUUAGACACUACAAUUGUAACAAAUGAAUUUCUACCUUCAACGUCUGUUAUGUCACAGAAAAUGUAUCAGAGACAAGUACCAAACUUACUUGUUAAAUACAAACUGGGCCUCUUUGGAUUAAUCAGAAAAUCUAAACUUGGAUAAAUUUGGAAAAACUUUAACUUUAAAUAAGAUGACUUAAAUAUAAUUGGUGUUGCUGAGUUUCCAACUCUUUAUGGGGAUCAAAUACAGAUACCUUUUGUCAUUUAUGACAGUUUAGCAGGGAUGGGAGUGUGUAGCUUCACUAUAAUAGUAUAAUGGGGAGGGAGCAUGUAUUUUCUUGCCUGGCUCAUGAAGACCAGCAGUUGAAAGAAUUGUAUUCCAUCAUUUACAUCUACUCUAGGAAGUGUGCACCUAACAAUUUGAAAAGGGAAAUUUCUCAGCCAUAAACACAGGUGACCUUAAAUUGACUUUAUCUAUGUUAAACAGCGUGGUUCAGAACUAGUGUUUCUUCCAACCAUUCUCUUUCUUAAAAAUAGAACUGUGGGUUGGGUUAUAAAUAUGCUGUAGCAAAGCAGAAGGAAAUGAUGUAUAAUCACCCUUCAGCACAAUGAGUAUUCCUGAUUCUGGACUUGAUCAUAAUGAGAACUAGUAAGCAAAGUCAGGGUAUUUCUGCCCUAGAGAGAUAGAGAAAAUGUGAAACAAACCAUUGUGAGUACCACUUACACAAUUCCUAUUAGAGCAGCACAGGCAGAAACAUGGGAUCAGUUUAUAGAAGGGAAAGUGUCAUGAAUGAGGGUAGAGGAGAGACUAAGAACUGAGCAUGAGCAUUUUGGACAACAUUUGGAGGGCCUAAAUUUUGACACUCCCAACGAAGUAUCAAGAGCUAUUCGCUAUUACCUAGAAACUCUAGAACGCUCUCCCUCAAUCCCUCCGCCUUGUCCCCU